CUUUUCAAGGAAGGCCUCAUUAUUAUGGAGAGCUCUUGGACUCUUGUGGCGACCACGCUUCCGUGCGUACCACUUCCACCAAAUUCCCAACGUGAACCAAUCAGAACAAAGCGACUAGUGAUUCGACCUAUGCAGGAAGAUGACCUUCAAUCUUAUCACGAAUUGCGUGCACAGCCAGAAGCAAUGACUGGCACAGCUCGUGGGAGACCCGAUCGGGAUAUAGACGAGUCUAGGUCAGCUAUGAGUGACUUCUUAUCACCAAAGGAUGACAAAAUGUUCCUCUAUGGCGUUUUUCUUGCAUCGACAGGGGAACUAAUUGGCGAAGGUGGCGUUCACAACCUUGAGUCUUCGUCCUGUGGCUGGCCGGAAAUCGGAUACAAAUUCAGAAAGGAAUUUUGGGGGCAGGGAUAUGCGACAGAGUUUUUGGGCGCUUUUCUUCAAGCCUGGUGGAGUCUACCUAGGUCUCAUGUUAAGCGACGGGUGUGCUCUUCGUCCGUCUCCAGGACAAAGGAUUCCGAAUCGGAAGCUACUGAACAAGUCUACGCCAAUGCAGAUGUGAACAAUAUAGGAAGCCGGAAAGUCCUAGAAAAGCUUGGUUUCAUCCAGUUCUCAGAAUGGACGGAGCCGGACACACAAGAACAUAGGAUCGGCCAGCCGUUGACGUUGGUGGGAUAUUGUCUUUCUAAGAAGAAGGGGAAGGAUACUAUUAAUCGAGAUUGA